UUAUAAUUUUCAGUUGAAAAUGGGUCGUGUCAUUCGUGCUCAGAGAAAGGGUGCCGGGUCCAUCUUCAAGGCCCACAACCACCACAGAAAGGGAGUACCCAAGCUGAGGAAUCUGGACUACAGCGAGCGAAAGGGAUACAUGCGUGGACUGGUCAAGGACAUCAUCCAUGACCCAGGACGUGGAGCACCUCUGGCUGUCGUCGAGUUCCGAGACCCCUACCAGUACAGAAAGAGGAAGGAGCUCUUCAUUGCCUCUGAAGGCCUCUUCACUGGCCAGUAUAUCUACGCUGGAAAGAAAGCGGCGUUGACCACUGGAAAUAUCCUGCCCAUCGGAAACAUCCCAGAGGGUACCUUGGUAUGUUCAGUAGAAGAAAAAACCGGAGAUCGAGGAAAACUGGCGAAAGCUUCCGGUGACUUCUGUGCGGUCAUCUCGCAUAACAGCGACACUGGUAAGACCAGAAUUCGAAUGCCGUCUGGCCUGAAAAAAGUGAUCUCUUCUAAGAAUCGAGCUAUGAUUGGAAUUGUUGCCGGAGGAGGUCGAACAGAGAAGCCUCUGCUGAAGGCUGGUCGUGCUUACCAUAAGUUCAAGGUGAAGAGGAAGUGCUGGCCUGUAGUGAGAGGUGUGGCCAUGAACCCCGUGGAGCAUCCGCACGGAGGUGGUAACCACCAGCAUAUUGGAUCUCCCAGUACUGUCAAGAGGUCUACUCCUCCUGGACGAAAGGUGGGUCUGAUUGCUGCCAGAAGGACUGGUCUGAUCAGAGGAGGCAGAAAGGAGAAGCUGGCCGAGAAAGAGUAACUGAAUAGCAACUCGCUCUCCCAGUGUAGAAGUUGAACCAUCGAUAUAGAUUCUGAUUAUCUUUUGUUAUAAGAAUACUGUCUGAAUUCAACUUCGAAGCAA